GACGUGGGGCUGCCCCCAAACCUUGGAGAAAAGCAAACUCGCCUUGGAUUUAAGAGGUCACAGGACCCAAUACAGCGCGGAGGCGGCCCCUGGCGGCGGCUGCCUGCCUCUGCCGCCUCAGCUCUCUUCCGGGAGGUUUGGAGGGCGCUGGGGCGGACUCGCGACUCCGCCCUUUUACGGGCCUGGCGCGGACUACAUUUCCCGGCAUGCCGGGGCUGCGGCACUUCUAGAGGGCGACAUGGCCGGGGCUGCGGGGAGGAAGCUGGGGCUGCAGGCGGUUAAGCGAGUGUUGGUUCGUUUCUGCCCCUUUGAGAGCAACGUGGAGGCGACGAGGCAGUUCCUCCAAGCAGUGAGCAGCGAGAAGGUGCGCGCCUCCAACCUCAACUGCACCGUGCAGGUGGACGUGCGGCACGACGGCUCCGAGCCCUCCGUGGACGUGCUUUUCGGAGACGGAGACCGGCUGAUCCUUCGCGGCGCCCACCUCACAGCGCAGGAGAUGCUCGCAGCCUUCAGUUCUCGAGUCCUGGCCAAGAGCACCACCUCUUCCGGGCAGAAGGGCUGAGGGUCUUGGCGUCCGGGGAGAUGGGGGCAUGGGCUAGGGAAGGAGCAAAUAAAAGUGAGCCAUUGCGA